AUGGGCUUAAUAAUAUUGAUCAGUUGGACCAACGUUCCCAACCUGAAUUUUCGACUUUUCUACGACAAAACGAGGCCGCAAAAGGAGAACGUUCGAAGGAAACUAGAGAAAGCGGCUGAACCGGCCAGUGCAAUUCCCGACGAGAUCGGCGUCGAAUCUGUGCUCUCGGUGAUCGUGCACGUCGUGUCUUAUCUCGCUAUCUCGAGGAAAGUCCUAUUUUUCUAUUCCUCUUUCGCGACAAGUCAUCACCGUUUUAAUUCAACUGACGGAGUGAUAAUCAUCAAGUUCGAAGGAAGGGUUAGCGAUGAAGCGACAAAAUGGUACGGUCAAAAAGUGAUACGGCGUAGCACCGAGGAAUACAUACCAGAACAUUACGCACCUCGUACACAUACGCAGAAGGGAUUAAUCGCUAUGAUGUCAAUUGUACCGUGCCAUCUUCGGCGGAACCGCGAUCCAGCGAUCCGAUCCAGCGACAUCGUGCCACGACACAGUGCCGGUGAAUGAGAGCACGAGGAACGCACACAGAGGGCGACGACGCCCUUGAGGCUUGAACGGGGAAAAUAUGGUGCACGAGGGCACGGGUCUAUGGCACGCGGCGGGAUUCAACGUAUCGAAGUGGCUGAUGAUCAUAAUACAUGGAUACCGGGUCACCACCCUCGUCCUGUACAUCCUGCUCAACGUACUGGUGC